AUGAGCGGAUCCGCACAGGUCGUCGCGUCGCACGAGCAGUGCGCCCACGGCGGCCUCGGGCCGUGCUUCGGCGCGGACGCAUGCGUGCGCUGCUGGCCCCCGCUGCCGGCGCUGCCGACGACGCUCGCGAUCCUCUCGAACACGGCGACGCCGGGGGCCGGCACGCCGGACGCGACGCCAGGGCCGCAGAGCGCUGCGGUGGCCGCGAGUGCGAACGCCGACGCAAAUGCCAUGCUUGCUGCUGUCGCGCGCCUGUCGGACGCAGAGCUCUCGCCGCUCUUCUCGCCCGUCUCGGACGCGGCGGAGCUGCCGGACCUGGACGACAUGUCGACGAUGGCGGGCGACGAGACUUUACGGUUCUUUGCGGCGCUGUCCGAGGCCGACCUACCGCCGACGUUGUCAGGCGAGACGCUGCCGCCGGCGCUAUCUGGCGAGCUUGAGCUGCUGCCGCCACCGGUGCUCGUCGCCGAGUCGGCCGAUUUCGUCUCGACGUUGCCGUUGCAACAGGCCGAACCCACGCUGCUGUCGCAGCCCGUCGUGCCAUCACAGCCCAUGCUGUUAUCACAGCCCAUGCUGUUAUCACAGCCCAUGCUGUUAUCACAGCCCAUGCUGUUAUCACAGCCCAUGCUGUUAUCACAGCCCAUGCUGUUAUCACAGCCCCCUCAGCAGCUCCUCGAGACGCUGACCGCGGCACCCCCAGACGACCGCGCCGGCGUUCUGGCUGCAAUCGCCACGGUGGAAUGGCGGAUGUCAGAGCCGAGCCUGUCGCCACCGCCGACCUCGGUCACAGAACCGCCUGCAACGGCCCAGCGUUCACAGAGCAUGAGCAGCGUGUCUACACCCUCAUCGUCGUCUUUCGCCGCCGUGUACGAGGCGGAAGUGUCACCAUCGUACUCGUCCGACCCGCCAGAACGGUCCACGUCGCGCUCGCCGUCUCACUUCUCUGGGCCACCCUUGCCCGCCAAAAAGAGGCGGUUGCCAAGCCGGAAUGUCGCUCCCAAGCCAAAGCGGCCUCCAAAUUGUGUCGCCUCUUCCACACGAGGGGCUAAGGAGAAGCGGGACAUUCGGCGCGCAGUCUCCAAGCAGAGGGAGACCAAGGGCCACGCGCUGCCGAUUGUCAAGCAGGAGUUUAUCGACCCCAACGAUGAUCGCGGAAAGUCUCCAGGACACGCCAUCGAGGUCAUCGAGACGGGCUACACGCCGAGCCCGCCGCCUGAACCGAUGCCGGAGGUCGAAACGCCGCCGCCUCGGGCUCUGAAACGACCACCGCCGCCCACCGUCGAGAUCCAAAUGACCGAGGCGGCCACGGAACGAGCACGAGACGACAUGAUAGCGGAUAGGACGCUGCUGUCACAGUUCUUUAUCUGCCACGAGACGGAAGAUCGAUAUCCGAUCGUUCGGGGCCUCGAGCCUAUGGCCCUCCGACGGGCCGAGGCUACAAUCCGCACGUACCCGACAGAUUGGUGUCCCCGCCCUUCAGGUAGGGGAAUUUCCAUCUCCAGUGGCGCGGGGAUGGUGAAAAUGAUCAGGAUGUUCGAUAUGAUCAGGUCAGAGCAGUACCGCAUGCUGCCAUAUGAGGAAGCCUGCGAUCGCUGCCGACAGAUCGGGUGGUUCUGCAUGGUGGACGAGUUUCGAAUCAACCAAGGAUGUGCCACUUGUAGCAACAGUUGUGGCCUCUUCCACUACGGCAAGUGGACACUGAACAAGAAGGGUCGGCCGAACGUACCAGGGGCAGAGGGCACGCCGAAGCCAAAGCCGAAGCCGAAGCAAUCACCCCGACCAGCACCUGCCAAGGAGCCGCAUGCGUCUCCGAAGGACGAGCAACGCCGUUUCCGAUUCAUGCCCCGGCGAUCGUCCUCAUCGUUGUCAGCGGCUCCGUCGCCGGCCCUUGCUCCGCCUCCCGCCGGUCCUAUUGCUCCUUCGGACAUCGGUCAGGCAGCCCCUCCAGCGGCACCUCUGGUCAAACCCACGGUCACAUCUCUAGUCGCCCCACUAGUCGCCCUUCCAGCUGCACCUCUGGUCACACCUUCGGUGACACUUCGAGUCGCCCCACUGGUUGCCCCUCCAGCUGCACCUCUGGUCACACCUUCAGUGACACUUCGAGUCGCCCCACUAGUCGCCCCUCCAGCGGCAGUGCUUGUUCCACCACCUGGCCCAGUACCAGUUCCGGCUCCACCGGCCCCCCAGACGGUGCCACCUCCUCCACCUUCUCUAGAAGAGGCGCUUCCCCCAAUAGUGCCCGCCCCCGAGCCGUCACGCCCCCCAAAUGUGUCACCAGCCACAACCAAGGCGUCGGUGUCACCGACCAAGAAGAGGAAGAAUACGUUCGUAUUCCCUUACACGGUCAACGGAGUGAGGCAUGCUGGGCCCCGCGUCAGACGGGGAGCUCGAAACGAGUUUGAAACCGGUAGCGAAGAGCGGCCGUUUGUGCUCGAGGACAGUCCGUCGCCUCCCCCAGGUGCUCCACCUCCAGCCAAGAGGAUCCGAACGCAACACAAGACCGGUGAUGCGCAGCAGCCGAUUCUGAUCGACGACAGUCCACGUCUGCAGGCGGGCCCCAGCAACUCGGUUGUGCCCAUCACUGCGCCAGCAACGCCUAGCCCGUUCGCCGAAGAGGCCGAGAAUCUCACGGCUCGACUGCUUCUGGCACUGCCUACGGAGCGUGUGCUACUCCUCGCCGACCUGGUUCCGGACAGCACUGCCGCAGCUGCGCUUGACGAGUUGCUUGGCUUUCUUCCAUAUCCGCACCACGGGCCCGUGCUGGGAUCGCUCAUCGAGCUGCGAGAGGGCCUCGAACCGUGGAACAAGGCCACGUGCGAGUAUUGUGAGGACCUUAGCAAGUCGACGCCAGAAGAUCGCCUGGAUACGCUCGACCCACUCGUGCCCGACUCUGCCACAGAGGUGAACCCUCUCUCGUCAAAACGUAGGGCGACGCAUUGCGUCGACAACUUGUUGUCCUUGCUGCCUAUCGCUGGUCAACGCGCUGUAGUUUCAGCACUCCUUGCCGUGUUCCGGGGACUCUAG